GGCUCCGCUGUAGCGGCGGCCGGAGGAGGAGCGGGAGCCGGCGUGCGGUGCCCCCCCCGCAGCCUCAGCGCUGGGCCCCGCCAGCGCUCCCUAUGCCCGUGUGGUGCUGCCGCUGCUCCCUGGCCGGCCACUUCAGAACUUACAGCGGCACUGAAACCGAAGGACAGCUUUUGAAUUCCUUUGUUCAGUACUUUGGUGACAGCCUUGGGAGGAAGAUUAAAAGAAUGCCUUUAAUUGAAGAAACUGUUCUGCCUGGGGACUCCCUUCUUACCCUGCCUGUAGUAAUAAUAGGAAAUGGACCUUCAGGGAUUUGCCUUUCUUAUCUGCUCUCUGGAUACAGGCCAUAUUUGUCUCCUGAAGCUAUACACCCAAACCCCAUCCUACAUACAAAAUUAGAAGAAGCUCGACAUCUUUCCAUUGUUGAUCAAGAUCUGGAGUACUUGUCAGAAGGCCUGGAAGGACGCUCCUCAAACCCAGUUGCGGUGCUUUUUGAUACUUUGCUUCACCCUGAUGCUGACUUUGGCUAUGACUACCCGCCCGUUCUGCACUGGAAGUUGGAACAACAUAAUUAUAUUCCCCACAUAGUGCUUGGAAAAGGACCACCUGGUGGGGCUUGGCAUUCCAUGGAGGGCUCUAUGUUAACCAUCAGUUUUGGAGACUGGAUGGAAUUGCCUGGCCUCAGCUUUAAGGAGUGGGCAGCCAGCAAACGCAGAAAUAUAAAGAGUGAUCGAGUAAUGCCAGAGGAAAUAGCUUGUUAUUAUAAACACUAUGUUAAAGUCAUGGGCCUCCAAAAGAAUUUCAGAGACAAUGUUUACAUAACUUCAGUGUCCAGGCUUUACCGAGAAAAGGAUGAUGAAGGUAGAAGUCACCAAAAUGAAGAUAUUUCAACACAGCAUUUGGAAAUGAAAGAUGGACAGAAAUCACUUAUUAAGAGAAACUGGGAAGUCAGAGGUUAUCAGAGAGCAGCAGAUGGUUCUCAUGUGCCCUUCUGCCUCUUUGCUGAGAAUGUGGCUCUUGCAACUGGAACCUUUGAUUCUCCUGGCCGACUGCAAGUUGAAGGAGAAGACUUUCCUUUUGUCCUCCACUCCAUGUCUGACUUUGGAGCUGCAAUCAGCAAAGGAAAGUUACGUGGGAAAGCAGACCCUGUGUUGAUUGUGGGUGCUGGACUAACAGCAGCUGAUGCAGUACUGUGUGCCUAUAACAAUAACAUCCCAGUAGUCCAUGUGUUUCGUAGAAGAGUUACCGAUACAAGCCUCAUUUUCAAACAGUUACCUAAAAAGCUUUACCCUGAAUACCAUAAGGUCUAUCAUAUGAUGUGUACUCAGUCUCACACCAUGGACUCUAAUCAACAUUCUGCUUACACUAGUUUCCCUGAGCACAAUGUACUUUCCUUCAAGCCUGAAAUGAAAUGUGUUCUUCAGAGUGCCUCCGGACUGAAGAAAAUUUUGAAGUUUUCUGUAGCCUUAGUUCUGAUAGGUUCUCACCCAAAUCUUUUCUUUUUAAAGGACCAAGGCCACAGCAUAGGUCAUCACUCAAAUCAGCCCAUCUCAUGCAAGGGCAAUCCUAUAGAGAUUGAUCCAUACACUUACGAAUGCACUAAAGAAGCCAACCUCUUUGCUUUAGGGCCUCUGGUGGGAGACAACUUUGUACGGUUUUUGAAAGGAGGUGCACUGGGCAUUGCACGAUGCUUGGCAAUAAGACAAAAGAAGAAACAUGAAUUGAUUGAAAGUGGGGAUGGAGGAGGUGAUGGGGUACCAUAAACAAGACAUUAGAACUCUAAUAUCCAGGAUUACAGAUGUAGUCUUAACAGAAAACUUACUGGCAGCAAAAGUUGAUAGCAGUCACAUUUCUGUUGUGUACAAGUAACCUGCGCUUGUAUUGCUUGGUAAAGGAUGCUGAUAUUACAAUACUUCACUCUUUAAAAAUACAAAAAAUUGAUCUGCUAUUUCAACUGAUGUCAACUGGAAUUGCUUCCAGAUAAACAGAAAAUGAGACUAACUUAUCUUGGCCUGCCUGUCUGUCAUCUCUUGCUCAACUACAAGAGCAGACUUUGUCUGUGAAAGGCAAUGCCUACCAGAGUGGCUUUACAUUUUAGUGUCAAAUGUGACAAAAAUAAUCUUACCAUUAAAUUGAAAUAACUUCUAAAAGCAGAAAGCUAGUUUAGUACAAAGUGGUUCUUUGUCCCAAAGCAAAUUUGGAGCCUUCUGCUUGAAACAAGGAUUUUAUAUGCCACAGUAAUACUUGGAAUGAGCACUUAGUAAAAUGAUUUCUACUAUAAGAAGGACUUUUGUAAGCAAGAAGUAUUCCUCAGCAGUUUUAAAUUAUCCUGGUAAUUGGAAUAAAAGAAUCAGCAUUCCCAUUUAAUAUUUAACGAUUUGACACAAUCCAUUAAUGUUUCUUCACACUAUGCCUAGAGUUGGGUGAGUGCACAAAGACUAACAUGAGAUAUUCCCCUACAGUGAUAUGUACAUUUCUGAGAAUACUCAUUAACAUAAACAAUAAAGUACUGAUGCAAGUGCUCUUAUUACAGUGUCAAUAUCAUGAAUAUCUAGUGUACUACUGAAAAAUUAGGUACAUGAGAAAAUUAAGGGGGUUUUGCUUCCAAGUUCAGGAAGAUGGAAUGGGACUUGACUGAUGAAGGUGGGGUGAGUGAUAGAUAUUCUCAUCUCCCAUUUGACAAAAAAUCGGUUCUUUUUUUUUUUUCUAGAGCAGCAUAUGAUAGUAAAAUAUUUUAGCCUGCAGUUUUUGAAACUUAAGAAAGGUAUAUAUCUUACAGCCAGCUAAAAAAUAAACCAAUCUCAAAAUAAACAUGCAAUAGUUCCUUUAAAUCUUAAAGCUUCUAAUGAAAGACAAAGACUUAACUUGUACCUACCUCUGAAUCCAAGUUUCAUCUUUCUGCUCCAUAAUGUAAGACCUAGAUUUCAUUUGCUGGGUUUUACAGUAGUUAGUUUACCUAAACACACUCAUAGGUUAAGUUAGGAAAGUGAACUCCCAGAACUCUUAAUAGACAAAAAUGAUUGGUUUUAACUGGUGUUUUUUUAAUAAAAUGUUUUAAUUCAGGUCCAAUGUGAUGGAAAAUAUGUUAUUUUUCUGUUUGGGGGUUUUUUUUGUGUUAAAGAAUGCUGUGUUAGUUCCAAGCAUUCUGUUUCCAUGAUCAAGAAUCUCCAUAUUAGAACUUCAACAGAUUUUAAAAAGGAAGUUAGGCUUUGUGAAACAGUGAGUGGUUUCUGGUUUCCCCACUAUCUUAACUUUCAUAAGUAGUUCAUAAAUAGCUAUAUUCAAUACAUGCCUGUUUUCUGUGCCUACCAAAUUACAGGGUUCUGUGGCUACUGCAGGCCUUUAUGCAUCUGAGUAAGUUACUCGGACUUCGGACAUAGAAAUUGAAAAGGUAAAAGAUGCAAGGAUGACUUAAAAUUACUAUUUUCAGUGGAAGUCCAAAAUAAUUUAUGAAAUUAAGUUACUACCAAUAAAACAUUUCACUCUAGAGCCACUUAACAGCAUAAACACAAACAAAGGCGCAUUUCUAUCAAUUUCUGCAUUGCCCACAUGGUUGGCUUUAGCCAUGCAUUGUCAGUACUAGUUAAUGUACCUUUUUAUACAGAUAUUAAGCUGAUUUUAAGUCCCCUAAAAUCCAGGCUUCUUUUCUUCAUAUUUUAAUUGAGAUUCUACAAUUUGCCUUCUCUGGCAGAAACUGUGUAUAUAGAAACCAAUUCUAAACCUGUGAUACCUAAUAAUUUUAACUGUUGUAAGUGCUAAAUAUUUGAUUAUAGAACUUUAUUGCAGUUAAGUUUUUCUGGAAUACAUCUGCACUGUGAUUAAAUUCCUGCAGUUUUGUAUCAAUAUAAAUGUCCAAAUACAACAUAUGGCAUGUUACUGCUUUUUCAUUUGUCACAGGAGACAUUUGAAAUGCCAGCCAAAAAAAAAAAAAAAAAAAAAAAAAAUUACUUAGCAGUUAUUUUGCAAAAAGCGGAAAAAACCUUCAGCCUCUUUUCUAGCCUCAGCUGCUGCAGCUACUCACAAGCUGUGUGUUGUAAUGACAAUUUUGUAGCAGAGAUCUUUGACCUAUUAUUACACAAAUAUCUUUCACUGCAAUCUUGCAGCACCUUGAGGUUUAACUGGUUUUUUUGGGACGGGUUUUGUUUGUUUGUUUGUUUUGGGUUUUUUUUGGGGUUGUUUGUUUGUUUGUUUGUUUGUUUUUGUUUGGUUGGUUUUUCAUCUGUCUUGCCAGUAUUUUUGAGAUAAAAAGUUGCAUGUGAGACCCCCUAGCUGGACAGAGAAAUCUCAGUGGUCAUGUUCAUUAAGCCAGUAUAAAAAUACUUUUUUCCUUUUUUCAACCAAAGCUUUGCUAAAAGAUCUAGGAAUUGUCUUCUAGGAAUUGCUAGAUUUAGAGUAGCUAGACUUCUUCAUUUUCUAGGAAUUACUAGAUUUAGAGUUGUAGCUAGACUUUUUCAUUUUCAUCUUUUUGAUUCUGAGAGAAAUUUGUUUCUCUCCUCUUUAGUAUUUUGAGGAACUAGGUGAUAGAAGAGUUUGGGCUUUGCCUACAGCAUUACAUUUAUUGUGUUCGAUGUUGACACUGAAUAGUUCUCUUUUGGGGAAACACCUUGUUUCUCAGAUUAAAACAAAACUCAAGCAUUUGAAUUUCCUGUGUAAUAUAAUAAUUUGCAGAAGGGAGACUCUUUCAGCUCUUCUUUCAGUGUGAGGGAUAAUCUUUUAAACACUGUGGAUUUUAAAAGGAUACUUAAGAUUUAUCAUGAAAAUGCAGACAGGAAGAACAUAAUUUUUAGCUGAAGUAAGUUAAUUUGGAUUUACAGAAUUCGUAAAGCUGUGUUAACCCAUACUGUGGAUUUUCUAACAGGCUAGUGGAAAAACAGCUUUUACAUUUGGAUUUGGUUCUUAAUGCUGUGAAUAUGUCUCCUAAUUAAAUUAUUGCUAAGAGUAUUUCAAGUAGUAUCCAGAUGCUGAACUGGGAGUAAGAUUUCUCCUACUAGAUUUUCCUAACAAUCUGCCUGUUUCCAGUGCCUCUUCUGACUGAAUUGUACUUAAAAGUUUUUCCACAAAGGAGUAAGCCUAACUUUCACCCAAGUGAGUAAACAUAAGAAUCCUUCCUGCAAGCAAUCCAGAGAGAGUGAUGACAACACUACAGGUUUCUUCUCUCUUAGGAAAGUGCUUUGUCUUGGACUAACAGCCUGGGCUUGCCAGUGACUGCUUGAAAAGAGUAUGGCUCCCAGAAACAGUGGUUACACAGAGAAAGGGACAUCAAAUUGCAUCCCACAGUUCCAGGUCCCUAGUCCUCUUGGUGGAGUCUUCUUGUAUUUUACUUCUGGCCUGGUGGAUGUAGGCAACUUUUUUUUUAAUAAUUUCAUAGAGUGAUGUUUGCAUAAUGAAAAAUACUAAUUUUGUAGGAGGAGGUGGCCGUAACUUCUUUGACAACUUAAGAACUGAAAAGAAGGCUAGAGCCAGAAAUCCAGAGUUAUUUACUCAAAGCUGGAAGGAAUCACACUAAAACUUCAACUUUAAGACAGGCCUCACCUGCAUACCCAGUUGAAAGAAAAGGUGAUUUUUAGGCCAAAUGCUCUUAAAAGAGAAUGAAGGGGAGUAAAAUUUUCAAACCUGUAGUGAGUCUUUGCUGCUGACAAGGGAUGACCAGCGAGGGAUGAUGGGAGGAAAGGUGUGAAGAACAUGUGCAGGCGUACGGGCGCUGACGUGCCUCUGUGCAGCGUCACUAGGCCAGGGUGCCCCAUCCUGGGUCGAGAUCUGGGUCUGUGACAAGAGCUCUGCAUGGCAGCUGUUCAUCCAGCACCCUGCUGGGUGUUUGGAACUGGCCAUUAACUCAAUGCACAGAAUGCAACACGUAGGAGAAAUGGUCUUUGCUGACUGAGCUGUAGGACUGGAUCAGGUGGUUUGCCAAGAGAUAAGGCUGUGUUACUCCGCUACUGUAUUUUCAACUUCGGAAAAGCAAGCAAGCAUCUUCGUGUAACAGCAGGAUCUGGGCUGUACAGUGCUCCCAGACAUUUCUAAACAGGAAGAGGUAGCACAUGUAUGCCUUAAAGUCAGCUGAUUUUAUUAUCGUCCAUAUAGUAAUGAUUUGAGUAAGUUAGGGGUACAAAAAUGCCAGAAGGUUUAUACUGUUAUAUCUUAAUUUAGAAAAUGCAUUAGAACCUUACAAUAACAAUGUUCUGUCAUAAUUUUUGGACUCUUAUUUUAGGGUGAGAGCUAGACAGGAGCAUUCAAUGGAUGUGAGAGCUUUUUGUACAGAUAUUUCCCUCAUUUCCUGUUGCCCAACCUGAAAGUUUUGUUUUGUUUGAAAUAAGUGUAACAUUUGAUUUUACUUAGCAGAAAGGAUGGAAAUAGAAGCAUCUUUGACAGAAAAAGGAAGGCUUUGGUGACAUUAGGAGUACAAACCUGAAGUGAAGAAUUAUAAACAGCUCUUUUUCUGAAACAGAGUGUAUUUUUGAGAAUAUGGUACACUGGGAGUUUCAGUUCAAUUAAUUUUUGAAGCUUGAAUUACACAGAAUUGUGUGGUCAAUGAAUUUGGUGUAAGGAAAAAGGAUUAUGUGCAGGGGCAUUUCUAGUGUUACUUAGUAGCUACACUGAAUCUAAGUGCUGUUUUAAAGAUGGUUUUGUCUUUGUAGACACUGGAACAUUUCAGCUCAAGCACACUUCGAACUUUAGUUCAUAUUUUACCUGUCUGCAUGUUAGGUCAUUUUCUGACUGGUGAUUUUGUACUUUCAGGGCGUCAUAAACCGACUCUUAAAACCUAGGUGUAAUCAGUAGUCACAGGAAGCAACUUGUUCUGGAGACUAUGUAACUCUAAUUUGCACCUUCCUCCUUCAUCUCUUUAUUCUGAGAUCACUGGCAAUGUGUCAAUACCAGCCUACAGCCUACAGUGGAUGCUUCAAUAAACAAAAAUUCAGCUUUAUGUCCCUCUGUAGACUUAUAUGCCAGUGUAAAGAAAAUUAACAACUAGGUUUGCAAUGUAUUCACAAAAUACUAUAGAAUCCUGGCAUUUUUCGGUUGUUUUUUUAACUAGAUAUACAAAUAUUUUUCAUCAGUUUGGAUGCUAGGACCAGCUGCUAUGUGAACAGUGAGCUAUUGUUCAAGAACUGAUUCUGCUACCUUACAUCCCCUUGGCCCAAUUUACUGAGUCAACACUCUGACCUUGCCCAUUUCUGUUAGACCUUGUAUGCUGGUUGUAUGCUGGAAUUCCAGUUUGAAAUUACAAUAAAGGACUAUAUUCAUCUACCUAUAUGUUUGUUCACCCACGAUGCACCUGGUCUUGGAGAAACUGUGUAAAUAUUAUUUCUUUGUGUGUGGCAGUGCCUGUUUUCAUCUUUCGCUGGAGUAUGCUUGCAUCAUACUUCUUUUGUAAGAUGAGCAAUGUAAACACGUACAGAACAUUUUCUGUAAGCAGCUUGUGAGCAAAGCCUCUCUUUUGAUUAGGUAAUAAAUAUUCCUGAGGUUUGCAUGCUAGGAUUGUUUUCUAUUAAUGUGUAAAAACAUAACAGACUGAAGGCAAAAAAUUUAAAAUCGUGUCACUUAGAAGUCAGUUAUUUUGAUUUUGAGAAGUAGGGAAUGCAAGUCAAAUGAAAGCUCAAACUGCAGAGGAAAAGGCAUUCAGAGAGCUGCAGUGUUCAGAAUGAGGGAGAAGGUGUUGUUUUGCAUGGGUCUGGUGCUGAAACCAAUGACUGACAGAGAUCCAGUACAAACCUGCAGCAGAGCAGUAGGGGCAGAGUGCUAAAGCAAGUGGUAGAGAGAGUUGCUAGUUAGGGAUAUCUGAUAGUGUGUAGCAUUUUUGUAACUAUCUCACAGCGAUCAAAGAUUGCAAGAGGAAGAGGGAGGAAAAAUGAUAAGUCAGAGGACUAAUUUUUUUGGCACACUGGGCUUGAAUCCUAAGGAGAUACCAGAACAACCUGAACACAAAUGGAAUUUGAAAAUCAAGCAAAAAAUCAAUUUGUGAAUUUGUGACUCAAACCAGAUGUGGUCAAAUGUGACAGGAUUGAGUCCAGAAAUGGAAAAGAGCAAGAGAAGAGGGUGCAAGACUCUCUCCAGUUUUAUGGGAGAGGGAAAGACAGGAAAAAAUACAGAAUGAGAAAUCAUUUGUGUAACAUGGACUGGAACAAGACAGGUGAGUGGGUUAGAGGUAGGUCUACAGUAGAAGCUUCAGUACUGUCUCAGUUAGGAAUUAGCUAAUUCUGGAAUCAAAUGAUCCUAAUUAUGGAAUAGAGCAUAUCACAAAUCAGGAAUGAAGGCAAGGAAGGGACUUGGCAUUUCAGAGGAAGUUGAUGGGGAGGUGGCUGGAUGGAGGAACUCAAGCUGACUGCAAACACACUUUCUGCAUGUAGCAACUGGUGCCAUGACAAAGGAGAGGCCAGCCCUGAUGCACAACCGCCACCAUUCUGGGAGAAGAUGGGGGACUAAGGGUAGUAGGAAAAAGGACAGGCUUAGAGGUGUGAAUGGACAGAAAUAACAAUCACACUUCAAAGUGAGAAUAUCGUGUUAGUCUUCUCAAAAAAACCCCAAACUGUGGCUUCCCCAGCUGAUGUAGAGAAUGGGAAGUCAGCUGAAAUUGGUGUGAGUUAAACUGAAAAUUAAACAUAUUUUCAUGCAGGGGUACAGCACCUAUACAUGGUUUUAGUAGUAUGUGGAGUAAUUCAAUCUGCUUUAAACUGUUUUCAUCAGCUAAGCUGCUGAAUGCAAGACUGUAUGUGAAGAACCUUGCUAAUAAAAAGUAUAUUUACUUUA